AUGGGUUCAGGUCUCACCAAAAAUUCUUCAUCCCAACAACUACGGUGUUCAGCAAAUAGUUCAUUGUCAAGUGAAACUGUUGCUUGGAUGAAUGGAGCGAGAUGUCCUCUCAGAUUAUCCAAAUAUGCUGUCCAAUCACAACCAUGGGAAGACCUACCUCGAUUCACAAACGUCGAAAGAAAAUCAAUGCCCUCGUUGGAAGCAAAAGACAAUGAAAAGACAACAGAAAGGAGGCUCAAGAUCUUAUCUCAUGAAUCGACAUCCUCAACCAUGCAAACUGAUGGUGAGUCUCUAAGAAGAGCAUCAUCCUUACCUGUUGGGACACAUGCGUCCAUCGACAGCCACCAAACAUUUCCCACUGAAUCUGUCCUCGAGGGUACCCAUCAGAAGAAGAACUUGCUCAAAAGGUUUCUGCAUGUGAAUGAACCAUUCGAAUCAGAAAGUUGUCGAGUGGACUCUCAGGAGUCCAAUGAAUCAAUGGCACCAAUGGUUCGUGAAAGGUGGAAAACAUUCAUGAAUACACACCCUUCGAAGAUAUCUUCUCAAUCCCUCACCAUUCCUGUUGAAUGUUCUUCUUCCAAGGCAGCAGCAGAACAUUGUUCACAUCACAUCUCUGUAUACGAUGAAAGAGUUCUUAAUCCACUUCUCGAGAAGAGCAUUCAGAAACAUGCUGAUCAAUACUCUUCUCGUUCACCACCACCACUCACAGAGAACACUCCAAAAUGUUCUUCAUCAAGACAGCAGAAACCCAGUGAGGACAAUCAACAACAAGUGUCAACCUUCAAUGCUGAAAUGUCAACUCCUUCUGGAAAUUGUAUCAUUAAAUCGAAUCACAAGAGUGGAAACACCUUGGUUCGAACUUUGAGCACAAAAUCCCUUUCCAAAGUCGUUCCCACUCCAAUUCAAGUCUUUCCAAAAGACUCUCCACAUCGUCUCAGAGGUGAACCACCUUCCACAUUUCAUUCUCUUCAAUCUUUGUUUAAGAAGAUCAAUCAUUCACAAUCAGCUUUAGGAUUUAGAUCUCUUUUUCAUCCAUUGUUGGACAAGCAAAUGUUGGAAAAAGUUCCUCUUCUCACUGUGACUCGUCCUGAUGAACCACCUUGUUACAGUCAUUUACCACCUAGCUUGAGAAAUGAUGUCUGUUUAGGUUUUAAAAAGAAAAGGCAAUUCCUGGAUGUGAUGUAG